AAGAGAAAAACAUGUGCAUAAAAGCUUCAAAGAAAACAAAAAGAAUGGCGAGGGCAAGAGAAAUAGGAGAAGGAAACUCAUCGUCGUUAAGGGAACAACGAAACCUCAGAGAGAAGGAUCGAAGGAUGCGCAUGAAACAUCUAUUCUCUGAACUCUCUUCUCAUGUUUCUCCCACUCGCAAGUUACCAGUGCCUCAACUUAUAGAUCAAGCGACAUCAUACAUGAUCCAAUUGAAAGAGAAUGUAAAUUAUUUGAAAGAGAAGAAAAAGACAUUGGUACAAGGAGAACUCGGGAAUCUCUAUGAAGGGUCGUCUCUUCUGCCGAAACUCAGUAUUCGUUCGCGGGAUUCGACCAUAGAAUUGAAUCUGAUUAUGGAUCUAAACAUGAAAAGAGUAAUGUUACACGAGCUUGUGAGUAUUUUUGAAGAAGAAGGAGCUCAAAUAAUGAGUGCAAAUCUUCAGAACUUGAAUGAUAGGACCACUUACACAAUCAUAGCCCAGGCUAUCAUUAGUCGGAUCGGCAUUGAUCCAUCAAGGAUAGAAGAGAGAGUACGGAAAAUCAUUUAUGGAUAUAUAUUUUGAAGCAUGAAAUAUCCCAAAUUAUAUUUUGAGUUCGAUUAAGACAACAUGUUUUCGUUGUAAUUUCUUUUUCUUCCUACCGGUUUAAUUCGGUUUGACUUGGCG